CGCUGUCAAUAAGGAAAUGGAAUGUGUAAAUAUCUCUUCCUGAAUUGAAAGUGUUUAAAGGCUAAACGCAGCUUUUGCUGUCGACGUUUUAGUUAUCUUCUGUCGUCUGUACAUAUGAGGAGUGUUGGUACAUGAGGCAGUAGAUGAAGCGGGCUGGCCCUUCUGCUCCCCGGUGUUCCUCCACCACUGACCGCUUCCCCCUCAGCCACCUCAACGCAGCAGAAAGUGGAAGUGAGACUCCAGCUGAGCCAGAGAAAAGCGAAGUGAGAGCACAGAGCACCCCUACAGAUCUGUCCAGGAUGAGGUCUGUCGUCAGCUUCUACAUUUUCUACGUGCUCUCCCUGCUUCUGGGCCUGGCCUGCGUGGUGUGUGUGUGUUUGUGGAACAGCAAGUGGCGCGGCGGUUUCGCCUGGGACGGCUCAGCCCUGCAGUUCAACUGGCACCCCGUCUUGAUGGUAACCGGUCUGGUUGUGCUGUAUGGCUACGGAGCUGUGCUGUACCGUAUUCCCCUGACCUGGGGCCAGAAUAAACUCCCCUGGAAGCUAGUGCAUGCUACCCUGAUGCUCCUCGCCCUUGUCCUGUCUAUCGUGGGACUUUGUGCUGUGUUUGACUUCCACAAUGCCAAAAACAUUGCAAACCUCUACUCGUUGCACAGCUGGAUUGGAAUCACUGCCACAGCUCUUUUCGCCAUACAGUGGGUGGUGGGUUUGACUUCCUUCCUCCUGCCGUGCUCCCCCACAUCACUGCGCAAACUCCUGAAACCCAUACAUGUGUGGUUUGGAGGCAGCAUACUCACUCUCAGCAUUGUUGCCUGCAUCUCUGGAAUCAAUGAGAAACUCAUCUUUUCUCUCAAAGGCAGCGGCAAUGGAACACAGCCAUACGCUAACCUUCCACCUGAGGCUGUGCUAGGAAAUUCAUUAGGAGUUUUGAUUGUAGCCUUUGGCUUGGUUGUUUUUAAGAUAUUGUCUAACCACAAAUGGCAGCGACCAGACUCGGGGCCUGAGGAUAUGGCUUACACGCCGUUAUUCCAAGAAGACAAUGAAUGAAGUAAAUUUCGAAAGGUAUCGCCACAUCCAACCUGCUCAUGCAAAAUUAGUUCAUUCGUCGAGGAUGACAAGUGGCCUUAAAAAUUAAAAAGUUAAGUUCUGUUUUGUAUGUGCAAGCAGCUGUCUGAACUGUGUGGGAACUAUCAGGGACUAUUAUGAAUGUACAUAUUUAUUUGAAAUUUGUAUUUAUGGUUGCUUUUUUGCCAAAAGAAAAAUAAAAAAAAAGUGUUUCCUCAAA